AUGCACGGCAGCGACGGCGGCUACCUGGAGUCCGCCGUGUUCAUGGCGGCGGGCCACGCCUGGCGGGUCUGCUGCUACCUCAACGGGGCGCGCCCGCAGGACGCCGGCUUCGUUUCGGUGUUUCUCAGGCGCGACGACGACGACGCUGACGCCGAUGCCGACGAGAACGUCGUCCACGCCGAGUACGAGUUCGCUCUAGUGCACCACCAAGGGACGCUGGUAAAGUGGCCGUCGCACUGCGAACGCGGGACCGCCUCUGCCUUCGACAAGGGCAACUCCUGGGGCUGCCCGCGGUUCAUCAGCAAGGAGGACCUGAAGCGUUCCAGGUUCCUCAAGGGUGACUGCUUCGCCGUCCGGUGCAAGGUCAUCGUCGUCCAGGUCCAGGAGUGGACCGUCCAAGAGGACGCGAGGCCUGCUGAGACUGAGACCACCGCUUGGAAGGCAUUGCUAAGUUAUGUGGUUAGAUAG